AUGAGUAAAUUAAAGCUUAAAUUACAUCAAAACCAUACAAGCUAUAACACAAUUAAUAAUUUUACAGAUGACAGUGAAAUGAUGAAAUUAAGAGACUUGCAAGAGGAUGUAGUCAACAUGAGAAAAUCAGUUCCCGAAGAAAUUGUUAAAUUAAUGGAAAGACACAGCAAGAUGCUUAAAAUCAGACGGACUGAAAUUGAGAGUGAACGAGAUGAAACUAUAAAACCGAAAUUCAAGCGAAGACCAUUAAAAGUCAACGAGAGCUUGCUUAAUUUAAAUCUACAGGAAUCUAUUAUUAAGAUAAAUGCGAGCAAUGAUGCACUGGAAAAAGUUAAGCAGUUCUUGAAAAAACCUGAUCAGCACUCAAAAUGAAACAUUGACGACAAUUUUUGAUACAUUAACCGUAAGCAUGGUAGAUUAUUUUUGAUAACUAUCGUCGGUGACUUUUUCUGCAG